AUGGCCGGAUCCGCCAAUUUAUCCUACCUCUACAUCCCCAACUCAUCCAACACCUUCGAUUCCAAACACCAUGCCAUCCAGCGAUUCAACAGCGACGCUACCGCCCAAGGACCCGUAAUGCCUGCGACUUCUUCUUCCUCGUCUUCCUCAUCCACAGACUAUGCAACCUACCCACUAGAGAAACGUAAUGGACGCACAUACCUUCGAGACCCGGAUAACCCGUAUCCACUCCCGUGCGACCUUGCGGAAAUCCACAGACAGUCGCUACGGUCCUUGAUUUUGAUGCAGGUCUUUGGCGCGCCCUUUUGCACUCCUCAUUUCGUUGACCAUCCGCCUAAACGGGUGCUGGAGCUGGCAUGCGGCUCCGGGUUGUGGUCAAACGCUUGUCAUGACUAUUUCGCCCAAAGGGGACAUAAAAAUAUUUCCUUCAUCGGGCUCGACAUCGUCAACCUAGCGCCAGAUCUUCAAAAGCAAGGGAUGAAUUGGCAUUUUAAACGACACGACCUACGGAAACCUAAAUUGCCAUUUCCCGAUGGCUACUUUGAUUUUGUCUUCAUAAAGGAUGCUGGAAUCUGUCCGUCUGGGUCAGAGAUGCAAACACUGCCAUUGGGCGAACCUCUUCGCGUUUUAAAAUCUGGAGGAGUGCUGGAAGUUUGGGAUUCAGAUCUUAUAUACAGAACUCUGCUCCCGAACCCCCCACGUGCACCUGGGUUAUCAGGAGGAAACGUGGAACAGGCUGAGGCCACCGGUACAUACACUAUAUUUCCGGCCACUCCCUUCGCAGAUGUUCAGAACAAAUACCUGCGGGACUACAACUCCUGGACCCAAAAGGCUUUUGAACGUCGCAAAUUGAGUCCCAUGCCUUGUGCCAUAAUUGGCCUUUCAUUUACCUCUGAAUCAGAAUCCUUCCUGAGCGUCGACAGCCGCAGGAUAGCAAUCCCGCUAGGAGAGGUUAGAUGGGAACGGGAGGCUCAGGGGAACCCAUCUAAUGACUGGGAGCAACGGAAGGCCUUGUCACUAGAGCAGCUUGCACUGCGCCAAACAGCGCUGGUUACGAUUGUCCAAAUGAUCGAGAGCAUGGAGCCCAUGCUUAUGGAAGCGAGCGGAAAGGGCAGGGAUGAGUGGGAUCGAUGGUGGACUGGAAUGACGACAGAUCUACUGCAAAAGGGCGGCGCGGCCAGCGGCGAGUGUCUAGAAAUCGGCGCUUGGUGGGGUCAAAAACGAUAG